UCUGUGUAAUUUUAAAGCGGCUUGACUAGUGUCCUGAAUCGAUAACGAACAGGGUAUGACUAACGUUAAAGUUUCACCCGAAAUCUGUCUCUCCGCCCCCAUUGCUCAAUACUUCAUUUCCCAUCAUGCUCUCUCAAAAAGCUUUUUCCCCCCUUCUUUUCACAGAGAGCAGCACUGAAAUCAGAAGUUGGUUAGCUGCUUCACUGAAGCGAUGGACGUGUUCUGAUCUGUCGGUAUUCUGAGUCACUGAGUCUCAAUAACCGGACGGACUCUUGUACGCAUGUGAUUCACUAUGCCGCCUCGAAAGAAGGAGUACGGGAUUAAACGAGCGAGCGGACCCCUGGUCCACUUCAGAGCGCCAGUGAGCGCGACCACCGUUCGCCGACACUCCGCCGUCGUUCCCUCGGUGCUGACGUUCGCCGUGAUCGUGGCAUCCGGAGGCCUGUUGCUCAUGAUAGAAAAGGGAAUGCUGAACAGCGUGCAGACUCCGCCGCCUCGCGCCAGCGGGAAGAAAGUGGAAUACCGACCGAGGAACAGCGACGCGGCUGUGGACGUGGAGUCUCAGAUUGUACAAGAGAUCCGCAAUCGCACCAUAAGAUCGAUGUGUGGUCAGAAGAACAUGCCCCACAGCGUGUGGUCUCUCAGUCCGCUGCAGAGGAAGACUCUCCUCCAGCACAUACUAGUGAACGACGAGCAUCGCUUCCUCUACUGCUACGUCCCCAAAGUGGCCUGUUCCAACUGGAAACGAGUGCUGAAGGUGAUGAGUGGCGCUCUGGCUAACGUGGAUGUCAAAGUGAAGAUGGACCAUCGUGCUGAUUUGGUCUUUCUUUCUGACCUUCCCCCCGAAGAGAUUCGAAAUCGACUACGGCAUUAUUUUAAAUUCAUGUUCGUGCGAGAGCCGAUGGCACGCUUGCUUUCAGCCUAUCGUAACAAGUUUGGUGAAAUUGCGGCGUAUCAGCGAAAAUACGGUGCGGAGAUCAUACGCCGAUAUAGAAAAGGCUACGCAAAGGAUAAAAAAAUAGCAGGCAAUGACGUGACGUUUACGGAGUUUGUGCGUUAUUUGAUUGACGAAGACCCGGAGCGAAUGAACGAACACUGGAUGCCCAUCUACAACCUGUGCCAACCCUGCGCCGUAGAAUAUGACUUCAUAGGCUCGUACGAGAGGCUGGAGAGUGACGCCGCUUACGUGCUGGAACGUGUCGGAGCGCCCCAACAUGUACGUUUCCCUGAACGCCAAACAUGGUACAAACCCGUCACCAAAGAAACGCUGCAUUAUUACUUAUGCACUGUCCCACAGAAGUUCCUCAAAGAGCUCCUGCCCAAGUAUAUUUUGGAUUUCUCUCUGUUCGGUUAUUCUUUACCCAACACAACCACUGAAUACUGUAGGCAUUAACAAAGGCGUUGGUUUAAACCAGCUUUCUAAGACUGUCUAUAAUCUUUCGAUAUGUUAAUAUUUUAAUACUUUUUUAACGUAGUUAUUUUAACCUGUACAGAAUUGAAAAUAUAUUUGAAUAUGAGCCUCAGUACAGUGUAUUUGAGAGCUAUUUAAGUUCAGACCACUAUUUAAAUACUCGAUCAGCUAUUUUUAUUCAUGAGAUGCAGUAGGGUGUUCAUAUUAACAGGCAUGAAAUGAAGAACAUUGUGCUGUGCGCAAGACUAUCGUGAGAGUUUUAUAUUAGUAAGCACAAGCUUCCACCAUUUUUUCACUUGUCAUUGCAGUAUUAUAGAUUUCAGUGUUUUCUUUUUGGUUAUUUGGAUGAUCGUUACCUCUGCUGUCGCCCUUAUGAUGUUGCUGAUUAAUCCUUUUACAAAAUCAAAUGUGAAACCUAUAGAGAGAAAAUGUCUCUAAAUAGCAUUUGAGGCUGUGGCUAUCUGUAUCUAAUGAAUUGUGUUGCGAGCGUGUUGAGUUUCAUACGAACAAAACAAAUAUCUCUGACCACAAACUUGAACCCUUCCCAUCUGCCACUUCCUCUGAAAAAGAUGAGACUCUGAGUUGAAUCCCUUAAGAGAUUGUGAGGAAUGCAGUUUAACAUCCAAAAGCAGAAGUACUGUACAAUGAGGAAAUAAAAAAUCCUUGAAACCCACAAGCUGGAUUUCUUCAGAUAAUGUUUUUUUCUUGGGCUAAGCAUAAUAUUUAUAUUAAAGAACUAAGCCAGUAACAAGCAAAUGGUGAUUUAAAUUCUACCCGCAAAAAGAGAAAAAAAGUGGGAGGAUGUGAAAGCUCAGAUGACACUCAAAAGGUCAGUCUGCAUAAUACACACCGAUACCAGGAAAUACAUUCAAGGGCUGUUCACACCAAGAUCCACAACGAUAACUACAUCCAUAAAGUAUAAAAAAAAAUCACUGUGUGUAAGAAUAUUUCUAUCAGAGGUUAUGUUUGGUUAUCAGCCCAGCUAAUAGUUUUUGGUUCUCAUAACGCUCUGGGAAUGUUAAGUUUUGUUAGAAAAAUAACCAACAGAGACCAUUACGAGAAUGUUAUUAUUUGCUUCUCCUGGAACCGUAUACUGACGUGAAGUGAGGGGAAUGAUCUGUGUUUGCUGAGAGGAUGUUGCUCGUUGGGUUCUUAAGUGUUCUGAGUGGUUUCUAAUGCCUUGCCAAGCAGUUGUUAGGGGCCAUUCACACAGAAUGCAUUUUUCCAUUCCAUUGUGCUGCGUCUAUAUUUUCGGUGUAAACAGUUCAUUAGUGAACAGCUCAUUAGGGUGUUGUGAGUAGCUGCUUACAAGUCAACAGCUGAGAACUCAAGUCUUAAUCAUAUACUUUUAUAUAUUUUUACUGGUUGGUCAAUUUAUGGCUGAGAUUUAUUUAUUUAUUUAUUUUUUGGAUAGCUAACAAUAAAAUAAAGUCAUUUGACAAUAGUACCCCUUAGUAAACCCCCUCAUUCAUGGGUCAAUAUCACUGUAGGGUGCCUUUUGGUGUCCUGUACAUAACUCAGUUGCCAUGAUAAAUGACUAUCAAAGGGUGUUAUAUUAGGCUAAGUUUUUAUAUUUAUAAUAAAAGCAUUACUUAUCUCUUUAGAUACAUUUUCUAGAUUUCUUUAGUUUUGUGUUGAGGAUGCAUGUUAUUUUGCUAUGUCCCAUUCACUGCUCAUUACAUUUGAAUGAAGUAGAAUAUAGUCAAAUAAAAUGUAAAAAUGUUGUUCUCCUAUUAAUAUUCUGUUAAAUAAGAGAUUACUCAAUUUGAGUGUAUUGAUCAUUUGGUGAU